GAUUGUUUUCUGGGAGCAGGUGAAAGGAACUCAAAAUCAUAACCUUGGAAAGCAGUGAUUGUGGUUGCAUAGGAAGAAAUGAUUGUCUGACUGACACUCUUCACCUCAAGAAAAGUAAAGAAAUGUGGAAUUUACUUUGAAAAUAUAUUUACAGCUUGCAGCUUGGAUUUUUCUUUGACAGCUAUGUCUAAUUUGGCAACACAGAAGAAUAUUAAAACUCUUUCAUUAUUAUUAUGAAUGCAUUCGUGAAACACGUUGCCGCAACAAUCUCUCUCUCUCUCUCUCUCUCUCUCUCUUUUUAUACCUCAGCUUCCUUACCUUAUUUUGGUUUUAGUAUUCUUGAAGUUUGUUUUCUGGUCAUCACUUCGUUUUCUCUUUUAAAAGUUUUGUCUUUGGAUUGUUUCGCGUUUGAUUUUUGAGGUUGUCUUGAAUUUUGGUGAAUCCGGUGCAGGAAUUAAGAAAGUUUAAGGAAGAUCUGUGAAGGGUUCUUACUGUUGAACUAGUUAUUUUAAGAUCAACGUAAGGUUGCUCACUAUUUAUUGCCUAACCCAAUCAUCACUAUUUUCUGGAUAGAGCCAUUUCUUUCAGGUUUAGAAGACAAUUUAGUUGAAAAAUUCAGAACCCUUUUUAGAUUGCGGCUAAUUAUUAAGGUUUCUGUAUAAUUCUUUAGCUUGAGGAAGCCAAGUUUUCGUUCUUGGAUCGAACAGUUUCAGAUUUGAUCUGAAAAUGGUGAUUGGAAGUCUAAAAUCCACAAACAGAGAGAAGUCAAGAAAGAGCAAGCAAGCAGUCAUUGAUGACAAAACUCCAUUAUUGCCUAACAAGCAUGAGGAGGAGGAUGGGUUUGAUGAGUUCAAUGGAGCUUCUUUCAGUGGGGCAGUGUUUAAUCUAUCGACCACCAUUGUCGGUUCAGGGAUCAUGGCUUUACCUGCAACCAUGAAAGUGUUGGGACUUAUUCUUGGUGUUGCUGUAAUAAUCUUUAUGGCAUUCUUGACAGAAGCCUCUAUUGAGUUUAUGCUUCGUUUUAGUAGGACAGCAAAGGCCGUUUCUUAUGGAGGUCUUAUGGAGGAUGCAUUUGGGAAGUACGGGAGGAUGGCCAUCCAAUUUUGUGUAUUAGUCAACAAUGUUGGUGGACUUGUUGUGUAUAUGAUUAUCAUAGGUGAUGUGCUCUCUGGAACGACAUCUGGUGGAAUUCACCACAACGGUGUCCUGGAAGGUUGGUUUGGAGAGCACUGGUGGACAGGACGAUUUUUCAUCCUCCUUAUUACCACCCUUGCCAUAUUUGCACCAUUAGCCAGCUUAAAGCGAAUUGAUUCAUUGAGAUACACAUCUGCUUUGUCAGUUGCACUAGCUAUGGUUUUCCUGAUUGUUACUAUGGGGAUCACUCUCUUCAAAUUGAUCAACGGAACCAUUCUGAUGCCUAGAUUGUUUCCUGAUGUUACCAAUCUCGCCUCAUUCUUCAAACUCUUUACUGCAGUUCCUGUUCUUGUAACAGCCUACAUCUGCCACUACAAUGUUCACUCAAUAAACAAUGAGCUUGAGGAUAACACACGGAUGAAGGCAGCAGUGAGAACUUCUCUUGCUCUCUGCUCGAGCGUAUAUGUGAUGUCGAGCGUCUUCGGAUUCCUCUUAUUUGGCGAUGCAACACUUGAUGACGUACUUGCCAACUUCUCCACAGACCUCGGAAUUCCAUUUGGAUCUUUGCUUAAUGAUGCAGUGCGCGUUAGCUAUGCAGCCCACCUGAUGCUUGUUUUCCCUAUUAUAUUUUACCCACUACGGCUAAACUUAGACGGGCUUCUAUUUCCAUCUUCGAGGCCUUUGUCCUCAGACAACCUGAGGUUUGCAUCACUCAGCACUGGGCUCAUGAUGGUGGUACUUUUAGGUGCAAAUUUCAUACCCAGCAUUUGGGAUGCUUUCCAGUUCACUGGAGCUACUGCUGCUGUUUGCAUUGGUUUUAUAUUUCCUGCUGCAGUUACUCUAAGUUGGUGCAGGGAUCGAUAUGGGAUAGCCACGAGAAGGGACAGGAUGUUAUCCAUUUUCAUGAUUCUCCUUGCAGUGUUCUCAAAUCUGGUGGCGAUAUACAGUGAUGCCUAUGCAUUGUUCAAGAAGAAUCCGUCUCUUCAUAAAUGAUCGAACAAAGAAUGAUCGAUCAUAUUCUUCGUUUGUUACUUGGAGACCUGCAUUGGUAGCCUUAAAACGACUCAGUCGCCUUUCUUGGGUAUUCUGUAUGAACAUAGCCUUAAAACAACUGAGUCGCCUUUCUUGGGUAUUCUGUAUGAACAUACCAGCUCGAAUAGUAUUGUUGUUAAGGCAUUGUAUGUUCUAUUUAUUGUCGCAGAAAUAUUACUGUAUGAAACUUGAAUCUGUAUCGAGUUUGUGGGAGCUUCAAAUUACAAUAAAUAUACAUACAAAUCCUCCUCUCUCUCAA